UGAAGCUAGCAGGUAGCUAGUGAUGAGUGAUGGCGUCCCCUGCGAUGGAUACCACGUAAAUGAAUAACGACAAAAACAUUACGGCGAGUGCGUGUCUGCGUGUCAAUAACGAGGCCGUUUCUGUGGAAGUACACUUAAAAACAGUGUGUCGUUAUGGCGACCGGGAGCAGUGGUGGCGGAUUGCCGUCAAACCAUGACGGUCAGGAGGCAGCAUCCAACUCGGCUCAUUGCGGAGCACCAGCAGCGCUCUCCAACGUCCCAGCCUCCGCUCCUACCCCGUCCGGCUCCCCGCCCGUCCUCGGCCUUCACCGGGAGCCCAUGUACAACUGGCAGGCGACGAAGAGGUCCCUAAAGGAGCGCUUCGCCUUCCUUUUCAACAACGAGCUUCUCAGCGACGUCAGGUUCAUAGUCGGGAAAGGCAGACAGGCCCAGAGGAUACCGGCCCAUAAGUUCGUCCUGGCCGCUGGCAGUGCCGUUUUUGAUGCCAUGUUUAACGGAGGGAUGGCCACGACCUCUGCUGAAAUCGAGCUGCCUGAUGUGGAGCCGGCCGCCUUCCUCGCGCUGCUCAGGUUCCUCUAUUCUGACGAGGUCCACAUUGGUCCAGAGACGGUGAUGACGACUCUGUACACUGCUAAGAAGUAUGCAGUCCCUGCUCUGGAGGGGCACUGCGUGGAGUUCCUCACCAAACACCUCAGAGCUGACAACGCAUUUAUGCUUCUCACUCAGGCCAGGUUAUUUGAUGAGCCUCAGCUCGCCAGUCUCUGCUUAGACACCAUCGACAAAAGCACCGCAGAUGCAAUAAAUGCAGAGGGAUUUACAGAUAUUGACCUUGACACUCUUUGCGCGGUGCUUGAAAGAGACACACUAAGCAUCAGGGAGAACCGUCUGUUUGGAGCGGUGGUCCGCUGGGCGGAGGCCGAGUGUUACAGGCAACAGCUUCCUCUGACCGCGGAGAACAAACAGAAGGUUCUGGGGAAAGCCCUCCCGCUCAUCCGCUUCCCGCUCAUGACUGUUGAGGAGUUUGCUGCCGGGCCUGCCCAGUCUGGAAUAUUGUUCGAUCGGGAGGUGGUAAAUCUGUUUUUACACUUUACAGUAAACCCCAAACCGCGGGUCGACUACAUCGACAGGCCUCGCUGCUGCCUCAGGGGGGAGGAGUGCAGCAUUAAUAGAUUCCAGCAGGUUGAGAGUCGAUGGGGGUACAGUGGUACCAGCGACAGGAUCAGAUUCAAUGUUAACAGAAGAAUAUCCAUAGUGGGCUUUGGCUUAUAUGGUUCCAUACAUGGACCCACUGACUAUCAGGUCAACAUACAGAUCAUAGAGAGCGACAAACGCAUCACACUGGGACAGAACGAGACAGGUUUCAGCUGUGAUGGCACAGCAAACACGUUCCGAGUGAUGUUCAAAGAGCCUGUGGAAAUUCUACCCAACGUCAGCUACACUGCGUGCGCCACCUUAAAGGGCCCCGAUUCGCAUUACGGCACUAAAGGGUUAAAGAAAGUGACCCAGGAAUUGGCAUCGGGGGCCAAGACAACGUUUUUCUUUUUUAGCUCACCUGGAAAUAACAACGGCACAUCCGUGGAGGACGGGCAGAUACCAGAAAUCAUCUACUACAGCUGAACUCGCUGCAGUGUCAUUCAGGUACACUGAAACAAGGAGACCUCAGACUGCUGGGAAGACUGGACUGUACUUAGUGCCUCACGAGCCCAUGGAAUAAGGAGUGUGUGUGUGUGUGGGUGGGUGGGUGUGUGUGUGUGGGUGGGUGUGUGCACCUGUGCUGUAUGUGGGUAUUUGUCUAUACAAUGUUGGUGUACAGGCAUGAUCAGCAAUGUGGAAACAGCCUGAGUUGUGGAAAAAUCACAGCUCUGUUGUCAAAAAAAAGAAAAGCUUUUCGGGGGAUAAAGUGUAUCAUCGGCUAUGAAUGAUCUAAAUACAGACACAUCCCUGGAGACAGGCCUGAGAGCUGUCUGUGUGUUAACAUGUGAAUCUGAGCUACACGUCAGACUGCAGACGGCUACAAUCUGUUUUGCUGAUGCAUUUAUCCUAAGUACAAUAUUUACAUUUGUUUAUUUUUUUUAUUGUGCACUGUUUAUCAUGUAUUCAACAUGUGUCUGUUCAAGUACUUUGUUUUGGCCUUGUAAUCACGCUCCGUGUGUGUAUGUUGUGUAACUUUGCCAGUGGUACAUGCUGUUAUUUAUGACUUCAUGUUUGCUUAGAGUUACAAUGAAA